AUGGAUACUUCGGAUGCGGAAGAAGCAGCACCUCCUAAAAAAACAACAAAAAGGAGAACUCCUGCUAGAAGAUCUCGUGCUAAAAAGGAUGAAGAUGAAGAAGAACAACAAGAAUCUUCUGAGGAAGAAGAAGAAGAAGAAGAAGAAGAUAAUGAUAAAAGUGGAAAUUAUCGUGGAGAAGGUGAGGAAUCAUCAUCUGAAGAAGAGAGUGAAGAACCACAAGAAAAGUACCAAUUUAUUUCGGAACAAACAAGUAAACAUUUAGAGAAAAUCAGAAAGGAACAAAAAUCUCUUCUUAACAGAUUAAAAGAGAAACAAAAGAAAGAACUAGUUGGUAUUGAAGAUCCACAAGAAAAAGUUAAAGUGACAUUUAGACAUUUGUUGGAACAAACAGAAAUUUACUCUAGUUUCACUCCAAAUUUAUCUAUGCAUACAAUUAUUGAUGGAACUUCAUCUUCAAAGAAAGGAGGAUCUAGAAGAAAACACUCUGAAAAGGAAGAGGAUGAAGAAAUUAUUCGUGAAGCCUUGGAGGAUGAAGAAGAAAGUUAUCAAGGUGUUUUACUUACAUCAUCACCAAAAUUUAUUGAAAAUACUACAUUGAGAAGUUAUCAAAUUGAUGGUGUAAAUUGGAUGAUUAGACUUCAUGAUAGAGGUGUAAAUGGAAUUUUAGCUGAUGAAAUGGGUCUUGGUAAAACUGUACAAACUCUUACUUGGAUUGCUUAUUUGAAAUUUAUUAGAAGAAUUCGUGGUCCUCACUUGGUUAUUGUACCAAAAAGUGUUAUUCCUAACUGGGUAAAUCAGGCUAAUCAGUGGUGCCCAUCUCUACAAGUUCUUAAAUUCCACGGAGACAAGGAUCAAAGAAGAGAAAUCAAGGAAAAAUCACUUGUUGGAGGAAAAUUUGAAAUUGUUGUAACUUCAUAUGAAACAGCUAUCAAGGAAAAGGCAGCUUUAAACAAAUUUAGAUGGUAUAGUAUUAUCAUCGAUGAAGCUCACCGUAUUAAGAAUGAAAAUUCUAUCCUUUCACAAUCAGUUAGAGUUUUUGAUUGCCAAUAUAGAUUAUUAUUAACAGGUACUCCACUCCAAAAUAACCUUCACGAAUUAUGGAGUUUACUUAACUUUUUAUUGCCAGAUGUUUUCCGUUCAGCAGAUGAUUUUGAUACAUGGUUUAACUUGAAGGAAGGUCAGGCUGAAACUCAUAUUAUUGAUCAAUUGCACAAAGUUUUAAAACCUUUCCUUUUGAGAAGAUUGAAAACUGAAGUUAAAACUGAUAUUCCUCCUAAGAAGGAAAUUUAUGUAGAAUGUGGUUUAUCUAAACUUCAAAAAGAAUGGUAUCGUAGUAUUCUUACAAAGGAUUUGAACUCUAUCAAGGGUGGUGAAAAAGUUAGACUUUUAAACGUUGUUAUGCAACUUAGAAAGUGUUGCAACCAUCCAUACUUGUUUGAUGGUGCUGAACCAGGUCCACCAUAUACUCUAGGUGAUCACUUAAUGAAUAACUCUGGUAAAAUGUAUCUAGUUGAUAAACUAUUGAAGAAGUUGAAGGAACAAAACUCUAGAGUAUUAAUCUUUACUCAAAUGACAAGAAUGUUGGACAUUUUAGAAGAUUAUUGUUAUUUAAGAAAUUAUGAAUAUUGUAGAAUAGAUGGUCAAACAUCAAGCGAAUUGCGUGAACAACAUAUGGAUGAAUUUAAUAAGGAAGGAAGUUCAAAGUUUAUCUUCUUGUUGUCGACACGUGCUGGUGGUUUGGGUAUUAACCUUGCUACAGCAGAUACUGUUAUUAUUUAUGACAGUGAUUGGAAUCCUCAAGCUGACUUGCAAGCUCAAGACAGAUGUCACAGAAUUGGUCAAAAGAAACCUGUGAAUGUGUAUAGAUUAAUUUCCAAAGACUCUAUAGAAGAAAAGAUUUACCAAAGAGCUGUUAAGAAACUUUAUUUGGAUGCUGUGGUUAUCCAACAAGGUAGACUUGCUGAACAAAAUAAUAAGCUUUCAAAGACUGAAUUGAUGUCUAUGAUCAAGUUUGGUGCUGAAGAAGUUUUUAAGAGCACAGAAUCAACUAUUACAGAUGAAGAUCUUGAUGCUAUUUUAUCACGUGGUGAACAAAAGAUUCAAGAAAUCGAUCAACAAUAUAAGAAUAUCUGCCAAAACAAUUUGCUAAACUUCUCAUUGACAAAUGAAAAUAAUUUGUAUGAAUUUGAAGGUCUAGAUUAUUCAAAGAAGGCAACUACAAUGAUUUCUUUAGAAAAACUUGUCUCUAAAAAUUAUAAGGCCAAAUUCUGUAAAAAGAAUGAUAAAUUUAUUCUCCAACUCGAAGAAGAGGCCCUUAAGGAAGAAUCUCAAACUGUUAGAAGUGAAAGAUUGGGAAGAAGAAACAAGCAAACAGAACAACAAAUUGCUAUUGAAGAAGCUCAGCAAAAACGUGGUCCAAAAGAACCAAAAUAUUAUGAUUUCCAAUUCUUGAACACUAAGAGAUUGUUAGAACUUUGGGAAAAGGAAACCCAAUUUGAACAAGAAAAGAAAAAGAGAAAAAAGAAUAAGGAUAGUGAUGAAAAAGAAGAUGAAGAAGCAGGAGAACUUACCAAAGAAGAAAAGUCUGAAAAGAGAAAACUUCUCCUUGAAGGAUUUAAUAAUUGGAGCAAGAAGGAUUUCCAAAGCUUUAUCAAGGGUUGUGAAAAAUUCGGAAGAAAGGACUAUGCAAAUAUUGCAGUAGAAGUCGAAAAAACUGAACAACAAAUUAAGAAGUAUUCUAAUGUAUUUUGGAAGAGAUAUAAGGAAAUUAAAGAUUAUGACAAGUUGAUCAAGAGAAUAGAAAGAGGAGAAUCUCAGUUACAAAAAAUUGAUAAUAAUAAUUUAAUGUUAAGAUAUAAGACACAAAAAUAUAUCAAUCCUUGGUUAGAAAUGAAGUUCAACUAUGGUCAAAAUCAAGUGAAAGAAUUUACUCCUGAAGAAGAUAGUUUUAUUUGUUGUAUGACUGCAAAAUUGGGAUAUGGAUUUUGGGAAGAAGUAAGAGCACAAAUCAGAAAUGCUUGGGAGUUUAGAUUUGACUGGUUCAUUAAAACUAGAACUGCAGUUGAAAUUCAAAAGAGAUGUGAUACUCUCAUCAAACUCAUUGAAAAGGAAUACCAAGAUGAGCUUAAAGUCCAAGAAAAGGAAAAAUCCAAGAGAAAAUUGGAACCCUCAGCUUCUGGAAAUUCAACCAAAAAAGUCAAAAAAUAA